AUGAGUUUCUUUGGCAAAGUGUUUGGUGGAAAGAAAGAAGUGGCUCCUACCACAGGUGAAGCCAUACAGAAACUUCGUGAGACAGAAAAUAUGCUCAUCAAGAAGCAGGAGUUUCUGGAAUCAAAAAUAGAGGAAGAGCUGAACAUUGCCAGGAAAAAUGCUUCGAAAAACAAACGAGAACUUGCUUUACAGGCGCUUAAGAAGAAGAAGCGUUUGGAGAAGCAACUGCAGCAAAUUGAUGGAACGUUGUCCACGAUUGAAAUGCAGCGCGAAGCAUUGGAAAGCGCCAACACGAACACAGCUGUUUUGACGACUAUGAAAAAUGCUGCUGACGCGCUUAAAGCGGCACAUAAAAAUAUGGAUGUGGAUAAUGUGCAUGAUAUGAUGGAUGAUAUUGCUGAGCAACAAGAUGUGGCGCGUGAAAUUUCUGACGCUAUUUCAAACCCAGUUGCCUUUGGUGCUGAUCUGGACGAUGAAGACCUAGAACGUGAAUUAGAUGAAUUAGAACAAGAAGAGUUUGAUAAAAAAGUUAUCGGCAUACCAGAACCAAACGUUACAUUGCCCGAAGUACCGGCGGAUGAGAUGCCAGAGAAAGUUCCAGAGAAAAAGAAAGCUGCUGCCUCUGCUUCAACUUCGGCCGUAGAUGAUGAAAAUGAUCCAGAUAUGAAACAAUUACUUUCUUGGGCUAAUUAAAACAUUUGUUAAUCUCAACAGAACAUUUGUGGACAUGUGACUGAGUAUUACGAACAGUCAAAAAAUAAGUGGAAGGAAUCAAAUGAACGCAAUAGCUGUGUUUCGUCUUGGUAGCUGCUAAUGGGAGGGAGGAUUCCCUUGGAAUUUCAAAUUGGCGUCACUUGGCUCAGAAUAGAAACGAUUGGCGUGCUCUUUUCAACUCGACCACAAUCGCUAAAGUGGUUACAGCAGUAAAGUAUAAUAUAUGAGUAUAAACGUCCCAACAACAGUCGGGUUUACAAACCGGAACGGCCAGAUUUAUAUCUGGCCAGGACUGUCACUCCAGCAUCACUCCCCCAAAAUUGGGGAAUUCGUAUGCUCUUACAACCACAAGAAUAUAUAGGUACUCUUGCUCAAAUUAAUAGUUACAAUAUUCAAAAUAAUAUUGUUUGCCGCAUAUGUUUAUUUAUUAUUUUUAAGAAUUAUCAUUUAAAAUAUAUCGUCGCUCGGCGCGCAAUACCAUGGUGAAAAAAAAUAUAUAUAUAUAUUAUUCACUAUGCGCAAUACCUCGUAAACGUCAAAUUCAAUACCACGUAAAAGGUAGUCUGGAAAUU